UUUCCAAACGCCUAUUUGAAAAAAAAACAACAACGAAAGCAUCAUUUUUAAAAGAAAACAAUUAUUUGUGUAUAAAAAUUAAUUGCUUUUUAUAAAAAAUAAGGAAUAAAUUGUGGAAAAAAUGUCAACAGAACAAAAAAAUAUAAAAGUUGUGGUGCGUGUUAGGCCAUAUAAUCGGCGAGAAUUGGAGCAAAAUCAAAGAACUAUUAUAAAAGUAAUGGAUCAAACAACGCUUUUGUUCGAUCCUGAUGAGGACGAAGAUGAAUUUUUCUUUCAAGGAGUUAAGCAAAAUCAUCGUGAUAUCACUAAAAAAGUAAAUAAAAAAUUAUCCAUGGAAUAUGAUCGUGUUUACGAUACUGAUACAACUAAUAUGCAAAUAUUUGAAGAAUGUACAGCACCGCUGGUUGACUCUGUGUUAAAUGGUUACAAUUGUUCUGUAUUCGUUUAUGGUGCUACGGGAGCUGGCAAAACAUUUACCAUGCUUGGUAGUACUACAAGUCCUGGUCUUACAUUCCUCACAAUGAGAGAUCUCUUCGAUAAAAUAGAAGCACAAAGUGAUGUACGCAAAUUCGAUGUAGGCGUCAGUUAUUUGGAAGUGUAUAAUGAACAAGUUAUGAAUCUUUUAACUAAAACGGGGCCUUUAAAAUUACGCGAAGAUUCGAAUGGUGUUGUGGUUAGUGGUUUAGCUCUAAAGCCAAUUUAUAGUGCCGAAGAACUGUUGGAACUUUUGGCAUUGGGGAAUUCGAAUCGAACUCAACAUCCCACUGAUGCUAAUGCUGAAAGUUCACGUUCACAUGCUGUAUUUCAAGUGCAUAUACGUAUAACAGAUCGCAAGACCGGUACAAAACGUAUGGUGAAAUUAUCCAUGAUAGAUUUAGCUGGCAGUGAACGGGCAGCCAGUACAAAGUGUAUAGGUAUACGUUUUAAGGAAGGAGCUAGUAUUAACAAAAGCCUAUUAGCACUUGGAAAUUGUAUAAAUAAAUUAGCUGACGGUUUAAAACACAUUCCCUACAGAGAUUCAAAUUUAACGCGUAUCUUAAAAGACUCUUUGGGGGGCAAUUGUCAAACAUUAAUGGUGGCAAAUGUUUCUAUGAGUUCUCUAACAUAUGAAGACACCUACAACACGUUAAAGUAUGCCAGUCGUGCGAAAAAGAUACGUACUACUUUGCGACAGAAUGCCUUAAAAACAAAUAUGCCAAAAGAAUUCUAUGUGAAGAAGGUUAACGAACUAAUGGACGAAAAUGAACGUCUUAAACAGACUAAUUCAGCUUUAGAGGCUAAGGCCAAUAAGGCUACUACAUUUGAUGAAUCCGAACUUAAACCCUGGUACAGUCGUAUUGAUCAAAUUUACGCUUCGAUUGUUAAAACACAAGAACAAUAUAUUAGUAUAAAGAGUCGAGUGAAAAAUCUAAUAUUUCGUAUAAAACUUAAAACGGACAUGGAAAAUUCACGAAAAAUAUUAUACGGAGAUUGUGAAUCGCAGGAGAAUUGCACCAGUUACACAUCAUCUGUAUGUCAUAUAAGCAAUCAAAUUGAUAAACUUAAGGCGGAAAUUGAGUGCUGGCGCCAAAAACUCCGCAGUGUUUAUAAGAAUUUGGAUUAUAUAAAAACAGAAAUAAAAUCAUCUAAAUACGCGUCUUUUCUACAGAUUUAUUUAAAAUAUAAAAACUCUGAAGUUCAAAAUUCCAAAAUAUCUUUAAUUAAUAAACACAUUACAGCAAUAGAUCUGGAAUUAUGUGCAAAAGCAACAUGGUUAGAAACAUCUUUUAAGUUAGCAAGUCAAGUUAUUAAGAAUGGUAAUCUUAAUACGCAACAAAUGUGUCAUUAUGAACUAUUGAAACGGCAUCUUAGUAACACCAAUUUUAGCAAUGAUGUUGAUGAUGAUGUUGGAAGAGAAAAUUCUAUAGAUUCUAGUACACAGCCAGCAUCAAGUGACGAAGAUGUUGAUCAUCAAUAUAUUAUAAGAUCAUGCAGUAAACGUUUGCGUUUAGACGAGUAUGAUUUGGAUGAUACAGAUGAUAUAAAUGGUUCUAGUGCGGAUGAUGCCGUUGAUGAUGAAGAUGACGUUGGUAUGGAUGAUAUGCAUACCACAUUUAAAAUGCCUGCAAAAAGGCCCCGUAAUCCUAACGAAACUCAUGUUUUGAGUGAAAUGGAUACUAAUGGAGAUGCUACAUUUUAUAUGGGUUCUUCUAAGUCAUCAACUUUAACAGUGAGGACAAAAAUUAACGCAAAGAUUGGCAAAGAGUUAACGUUGUCCAAAUCAAAUAUAGUUUCAAAUAUGAUAUCGGAUAAAAUGGUGAAAGCAACAUCCAAUGCGGAACAAUUAAAGAAUGUUCUUUUGAAGUCCAAGAAAUUUUCACAUGCUACUCUUAGGACUGUAGCUGGUGGUUUGCAAAAAGAAAACAAAAAAUUUAGUCCGAAUCGUGUAAGAAAGAGUCCUCGUAAUGUCGUAAGUAAAGCUGCAUCCAUCCAAAUAAAGCAACGUCAAACAUCACGCAUAGCAAACGAUGAUGCUGCUCCAGUUGUCAGAUUAAAUAGGGCAGCUUCGUUUAGAACCAAAAAAUAGCCAGAUUUGCCGUUGUCGUUGGAUGGUUAACGUCGGUUAACUGUAACAUGUUGCGGUUCCUCCCACUGAAUAUAUUGUGUAUUGGUAUACUACCAAACAAAACUUAGGAGAAGAAUCCGGGAUCUCAACUUCCUAUAUGUUGGUAUAGGUUGGAUGAAGAUUUUGGAGAAGGCUACUAGUAGAAUUGUUUAUUGCGUUUUAUCGUAAAGUUAGCCAAAUAAAUCUGUUCGUCAAAUUUUUCGAAGGGGGAUGGAGCAAUUCUAAAUUUUGAAGAAAGAAAUCGCCAAUUUUUGCAUAAUUCAAAAAAGUUAUAACUAUUUAUUUUGAUUAUGUUUUUAACAAAGAACAUGACCAUACAAUGAUUGCAUUUUUAUUGUUAAAACAAUUUUUCAACAGAUAAUUAUACUUUCACACUCAUCUGUAUAUAUAUUAAUGUAAUGCUACAUAUUUUUUUAAUAAAACUGAUU